AUGAACUGCCAAGCGUCCGAAUUUGCCCAUACGCAAGGGGCUUCGCUGCAUCCGGCGCCUUCAUCAAUAUGCACAGCCGCCAUCCUGGAUGGUCUGAUGAGUCCCUCAGGUGGCGACCUGGUGGUGACCGCUGUAGGGCCAGUGGAGCAGUAUGCGGGCGCUGCGUACAAUGAUUCUGUAGACCUCAUCGAGGCGUCUAUUCGCGUCAUCAACGGUGGGCGGUUCUGCCCAUACGAAAUAAAUCAUCUCGAGAAAAUUCGCAUUGAAAAAACAGAGUUUGGAAACCUUUCGUCUAUUGGCUUCAAAACGGGCACGCUUCUGCUGGAUGGGUGCAAAGACGUGGAAGGAGCCAACGUGUGCGCAGAGAAGGGAUACCCGGUGGCGAGCGCGGCCAUGUGCCUCGAACACAACGACGAUGUAGCCAUCAAAUGCACCAACAUGGUAGCUGGGAUAGAGCCUGAAACCGGCACCAUCCGCCUCGUGGGUCCCACCGGAACGCCGGCUCCGUCCGGCCUUGGCCGACUGCAAUUCUACAACAAAGGUUUCGGCAGCGUGUGCUCAGAUGGGUGGAGUAUUAAGUCCGAGCAAGUGGCAUGCCGUCAGAUGGGCUACAACAAUGUGAAGGUGAAUGCAAGACGCAUUGCUGAAAAUACAGCACCUGCGCAUCACUACCGCACUGCUCAGGAUAAAGGUCCUGGCAACGAAAGCUGCUCCAGUAUAAUGGGGCAGAAUUACUGUGGACCCGAGCAGGAGAAGAUUGCUGCCGUCAACUUCAUGUGCACAGGUGCGCCGGUUGCUGCUUUCUAA